GUUGAUUUUGAUUCGGUCGGUGGACUCACGGCACAAAUUGAAUCGUUGCGGGAAAUUGUUGAAUUGCCACUGACAAGACCUGAGAUUUUCAAACGUUUCAACAUGUCGCCGCCACGCGGUGUGUUGCUCUAUGGACCACCUGGCACAGGCAAGACACUCCUCCUUCGUGCUGUUGCCAAUGAAACAACUGCUAAGAUCUACACCAUCUCCGGUCCAUCCGUCGUUUCCAAGUACAUGGGCGAAGCGGAAGAAAAGCUGCGCAAGAUCUGGGAGGAAGCGCAACGGAAAGGUCCAUCCAUCAUUUUCAUCGAUGAGAUUGAUGCCAUUACACCAAAAAGAGAUCAUGACUCUGGUGAAGCCGAGUCAAGGAUUGUGGCGUCGUUACUCACGUUGAUGGAUGGUAUGGCUGUCGAUAGCAAAGUCGUUGUGGUGGGUGCAACGAAUCGGCCGAAUGCUAUGGACCCUGCACUGCGCAGACCAGGUCGCUUUGAUCGCGAAAUUGAAAUUGGUAUUCCAGAUGCUCAUGCACGACUGGAUAUCCUACAAGUCAUCCUAACGCCUAUCCCACAUCACCUCAGUGAUGCAUUUGUCGAAAAGGUUGCAGGCAAAACGCACGGUUUUGUGGGUGCAGACCUAUCGGCCGUCAUCAGGGAAGCAGUCGUGAUUGCCGUCAAGAGUGGCGUUAGUCUUGGCACUGCCCAGGAUGACUUGUACAUUGAAGAGCACCACUUGGAACAAGCACUACCGCUCGUUCGACCCUCUGCCAUGCGCGAAAUUUUCCUUGAGACACCGCAGGUAAAAUGGUCAGAUAUCGGUGGCCAGGAAGAAGUCAAGCGAAAGUUGCGCGAAUCAGUCGAAAUCCCAUUGACACAUCCAGAAACAUUCAAACGCCUCGGCAUCAUCCCGCCAAAGGGUGUCUUACUGUAUGGUCCACCAGGUUGUUCUAAGACAUUGACGGCAAAAGCACUCGCAACAGAAGCUGGGCUGAACUUUCUCGCCGUCAAGGGACCCGAGAUUUUCAACAAGUAUGUCGGCGAAGCAGAACGCACACUGCGUGAAAUCUUCCGCAAGGCACGCGCAGCGAGUCCGUCCAUCAUCUUUUUUGACGAGAUUGACGCGCUGACAGGCACGCGCGACGGAGGCGAGGGCUCUGGUGAAGGCUCAUCUGAUCGAAUCCUAACCACACUGCUCAACGAGCUCGAUGGCGUGGAGGAUUUAGUGAAUGUUACUGUUCUUGCUGCAACAAAUCGACCAGACGUCAUUGACACUGCUCUACUCAGACCGGGUCGUCUCGAUAGGCUGCUCUAUGUCGGUCCACCAGACUUGGCAUCGCGCUGUCAGAUAUUCCGUCUACAACUUGCCAAAAUGGCCGUGUCGCCAGAUGUCAAUGUUGAUUUACUGGCAGAAGCAACAGAUGGUUGUUCAGGCGCUGAGAUUGUGGCAUUUUGCAGAGACGCUGGCUUAGCAGCGAUGCAAGAGUCCUUGCAAGCUGUGCGCAUUGAAGUGCGUCAUUUCCAGCAGGCAUUGUCGUCCUUGCGCAAGGGCAUCACAAAGGAGAUGAUUGAGUUCUUUGAGACAUUUGCGGCGAGCGUUUCCGGGCAAUACUUAGCAUAG